AGCCCCGGUGUCGACCCUGGGCCGACAGCCGGCGUCAUCAGACAGUGGCGGGGGCACGGAUCGUCACCAGCUGAUCAAGAGGUGGUGUCGGGAACACCACGGUAGACGCGAGUGGACCGAUCUUCAGUAAGACGUUGUGGUGAUUUAAUUGGCUCAGUUAGUUGGUCUUUGUUCGCAAUUAUGGCGGAACGGCCCACGGAGAACGGUGGCAGUCAGGGCAAGAAUGUGAAGAUUUCGGUCAGGGUGCGCGGCGAGUGGCUCAUGGUCCCCUGUCAGAAGGGUAAUGUCAGCGUCCAGUGGCUGUCCGAGGAGGCGCUGCGGCGCUAUGAGCGGCUCCGCCCGGCCACCUACACCGGUCGACCGCAGGUGGUGGCCGAGGUGCGCAAAACACGCGGCGGGGCCAUCCUCGACCGACAGGACCUCGUCUCGGACGUGCUGGAUGAUAACGACUUCGUCUCGAUCGUGCUGGAGAGCGACCGUCCCAACCCCAUCACAGAGAGCGCCGAAAUCAGAUAUGUGCCCGAGCAAAUUGAGUCACAAAAUGGCGAGGAACCGACGCAGAUUAUGUACCUGGACGGCAACAGUCUGUCGACGGACGACCUCGUGCAGCUCGGGAAGGGAAAAUACAAAAUUAAGCUGACGAAAGAAUCGGAAGAUCUCCUACUCAAGUCGAGAGAGCUCGUCGACAAAAUCGUCAAGGAAAAGAAAACGGUGUAUGGAAUCACGACCGGAUUGGGGAAGUUCGCCAACAUCCCCAUCUCGCAGGACAAAAUACAGGACCUGCAGGUGAACCUGAUCCGCUCUCACGCGGCCGGAGUCGGUGAGCCCCUCUCCCCCGAGAAGACGCGCAUGCUGCUCGCGCUGCGCAUCAACGUGCUGGCCAAAGGCUACAGCGGUAUCGCGCCCAAGAUUGUGUUCCAGAUGAUCGACGCAUUCAACGCGUCGUGUCUGUCGUGGGUGCCCGAGAAGGGCUCGGUGGGAGCCUCCGGAGACCUGGCACCGCUGGCCCACCUGGCGCUCGGCCUGAUGGGCGAGGGGCGCAUGUGGAGCGCCAAGACCGGCUGGGGAGAGGCCAAAUACGUCCUGGAAGCGCACGGCCUCGAGCCAAUUCAACUCUCCUACAAGGACGGUCUGUGCAUGAUAAACGGCACCCAGCUGAUCGCCAGUAUCGGCGCGGCGGCCGUGGAGCGGGCCGGCUCCAUCGCCCGCCAGGCAGACGUGGUCGCCGCCAUGAGUCUGGAGGUACAAGGAACGUCCCGCGCCUUCGACAGCGAUGUCCACCAGCUGAGGCCGCACAAAGGCCAGAUUGAGGUGGCUCGUCGACUCCGAGCGCUGCUCCACUCGGAUACAUAUCCGUCAGAGAUCGCGGAGUCGCACGGGUACUGUAACCGUGUCCAGGACGCGUACACACUGCGCUGCUGCCCGCAAGUACACGGCGCCUCGCACGACACGAUCGCUCUGUGUCGCUCCUGGCUGACCACCGAGCUGAACUCUGCCACCGACAACCCGCUGGUGCUGCCCGAGCGAGGCGAGAUUAUCUCCGCCGGAAACUUCCACGGCGAGUACCCGGCCAAGGCGCUCGACUUUCUGGCCAUCGGAGUCUCCGAGCUGGCGGCCAUGUCUGAGAGACGCGUGGAGCGUCUCUGUAACCCGGCCUACUCGGAGCUGCCGGCCUUCCUGGUCAAGGAUGGCGGCUUCAACUCGGGAUUCAUGAUGGCGCACGUGACGGCCGCCGCGCUGGUCUCCGAGAAUAAGGUGCUCUGCCACCCGGCGUCGGUGGACAGCAUCUCGACCAGCGCCGGUACAGAGGAUCACGUCUCCAUGGGCGCGUGGGCCGCGCGCAAGGCACUCAUGGUGGUUGAGAAUGUGGAGCGAGUGAUCGCCAUCGAGCUGCUAUCAGCCUGUCAGGCCAUUGAAUUCCUGCGUCCGCUGAAGACCACGGUUCCCCUGGAGGAGGUGUACAAGGUGGUGCGCUCGCGCGUCGCCGCCUGGGACCAGGACCGCUACAUGGCGGCGGAUAUGGACGCCGCCACGGAGCUGCUGCAGGAGGAGCGCAUCUGGCAGGCGGUCCGACUGCACGUGGAUCACUACCACUCGGUGCAG